CAGCGCAUCGUGCGAAAUUCCCUAUAUCAAACCGCAUAGUCGGACCUCAGCCAACGACCAACUACGACACAUUAUGGCUGCACCAUUAUUGAGAUAUCUCUGGCCGUCGCUUGCGAGGCGGCCAGUUGCGAUACUGACGUCUCUCCCUAAACUCCCCGUGCGCUCAUUCUCGACCACACCCUCACCGAAUGCGACCCUGAACCAAGUUCUUCGAGGAUGCCGUAAACCCCAACGAGCCCGCCACGCCGUCUCCCCAGCUCUAUCAUCGACGAAUUGCCCGCAGCAAAAAGGCGUAUGUCUCAAAGUCGGUAUCACGCGUCCGAAGAAGCCCAAUUCAGGCGAGCGAAAAACUGCUCGUGUGCGUCUCUCAAGUGGCCGUUUGAUUACUGCAUAUAUCCCCGGGGAGGGUCACAACAUUCAACAGCAUUCCGUCGUUCUUGUCCGUGGUGGUCGAAGUCAGGAUUGUCCCGGUGUGCGGUACCAUUUGGUUCGGGGGGCUUUAGAUUUGGCUGGUGUCGCCAAUCGUAAGUCAAGUCGAAGUAAAUACGGAACGAAGAAGCCAAAGAAGGCAUCAGUUGGCACAUAGAAUAAGACGGGGGUAUAUUAUCACGAAGUUAUAUGCGGCUGGUCUUGCAAGAUCUUGAGGUAUACAACCCGGGAUUCUAGGCAUGAAUUGUACUCUUACAUGAUGGGA